CGGAAUCGCAAAAAAAUCGAAUCACCAGCCAUCAAUUCAAAUCGAAAAGUAGUUUUCCUGGGCGCAUGUGCAAUCCGCGCGCCUGCGCGCGGUUAUCGACGGCUCCAGGGCUGGUUAGUGUGCCGCCAGCCGCACGACCCGCAGCAUGGAAGUGCCGCCGCAAGCCCAGGGCCCCGCGCGGCCGCUCGUCAACCCUGACGAGUAUGGCGAGGUGGAUACCUCCAGGUAUCCGGAGCCGAAGGAAGCCACGCACAAGGUCCGCGGGCGCAGCGAUGUGCUGGAGAUGCUGUGCGGCGCCGGCGCCGUGGACCCCGAGCUGCUCACUGUCAAGACCUUCUACUUCUUCUUCUACUCCGCCUUCGGCUCGCUCUUCCCUCUCAUGGGCGUCUACUUCAAGCAGAUGGGCAUGAAUGCUGGCCAGUGUGGACUGCUGAUAGGCACGAGGCCGUUUGUCGAGUUCCUGUCAGCUCCAUUCUGGGGUGGUUUAGCUGACCGCUGGCGUAAAGGAAGAACUCUACUCUUAGCGUCGCUGGCUGCUUGGAUUGUCUUCACGCUGCCGUUGAGCUGGGUGCAGCCUGGAGCGGUGGCGUGUGUGGUGCCAAGGAAUGCGACUAGCUACGACCUGUUGCCGCCGCGUUACGAUGAUACGAUGGCUCCGUCGAGUGCGGUGGCCAGGUCGUUCCACGGGCCGACGACGUCGGCCGCCGCCGGGUCGGCCGGCAGUCCUCUCCCAGUAUCCGAUGCUUACAACUACAACCCGGCGCAGAACGCGGAUUGGGUGACGCCACUGCACUCCUCAAUCGUAUACCGCACGGCUGAUAUCCAGAAGACGUUCUUCUUGUUGCUGCUGCUGGUUAUGGUGGGGGAGUUCUUCAGCGCGCCGGCCAUUACGCUUGCUGACUCUGCUGUCAUUACUCUGCUUGGAGAAGAUGCUGACCGGUACGGUCAUCAGCGCAUGUUCGGCUCCCUGGGCUGGGGGCUGGCCAUGUUCUUCGUGGGCAUCGCCCUGGACCACAGCACGGCGUUCAGCUCGCACCCCUGUGGCGGCCCGCAGCGCUAUGAGAAGAACUACACCAUCUGCUUCGCCACGUUCUCUGUGCUGAUGGGGGCUGCCCUUCUCACCGCUGGACAGAUCAAAUUCAAGUACGAGUUCGCGCCCGAAGUGAUAGCGCCCGUGGCUCCGACCUCACCAACACAAGAGGAUAAACUCCAACAGCAGUUGGCUGAACAGCUCCAACUGCCAGGACUAGACACAAGUGCCCCGCGUUCCGCGCCACAGCCACCGCUGGAGCAGGCCAAGGUGUUCGCGCAAACAACGCGCGAGAUGCCCGAAUGGGUGACCGUGCUGAAGCAGUUCCAGAACGUUCGCGCCGCGUCCUUCCUGUUCGUGGCCUGGUUCAUGGGCUUCGGCAUCGGACUUAUCUUCACCUUCCUCUUCUGGCAUCUGCAGGACAUUGGAGGGUCUCCGACGCUAUUCGGUGUGGCGUCCGUCAUCAAUCACAUUUCGGAGAUCUUCGCCUACUUCUUCAGCUUUAAGCUGAUCACACAAAUGGGGCAUUUCAAGGUCCUGUGCCUCGGCCUCGCAGGCAAUGUCCUCCGGUUCCUCUACAUCUCGUGGCUGACCGACCCGUGGUGGGUGCUGCCCUUCGAGUUCGUGCAAGGAGUGACCCACGCCGCCGUAUGGGCUGCUUGCUGCUCCUACAUCGCUCAUCAUGCACCACCUGGCCUACGAUCAUCAGCUCAGGGUGUUCUUCAGGGGCUCCAUCACGGUCUCGGUCGCGGCUGCGGCGCUGUGCUGGGCGGCGUGGCGGUGGCCAAGUGGGGCACCACCAAAACCUUCGCCGGCUACGGGAUCCUGUGCGGGUUCGCGCUCGCUGGCUUCGCGUUCCUCAACUUCCGGGAGGAGGUAAAUCAUCAUCAUAUUAACUGA